CCAGGUCGUAGGUGAAAUGCAGCAGAAGGUAUGUGCCAGGAGGACCUCUCUCUUCACUGAGAAUGGGCAGGCUUGUGGGGCAUCUGCUGACCCCCAGCUCCCAUUCAGGUGCCCUCGGUGUGGGGAGCAUGAGAGGUUCCGUAGUCUGGCCUCCUUGAGAGCCCACCUGGAAUACAGCCACAGCUACUACCACACCAUGCACGAGCUGAGCCUCCCGACCCGCAGCGGGCAUUCUCACCCAGAGAGAGCCCUGCACGUGCGCUCCCUGAGUGACACACGAGAGGUCACUAGCUGCUUAGAGAGGUGUCGUACGCAUAGUGUGGGGAUGCAGGCAGCUGAGGAAAUAAAGACUGAGAAUGAAGAGGAGGAUGAUGAGGAGGAGGAAGAGGCCAGUAAAGAUGGUCUUAAAAUCAACAAGUCCAGCCUUGGGACAGAUCAUAUCCCUUCCCCCUUUCCAUUUGAAGAAUCUCCAGACCCAGGCAGCGAGCCUGAGGGAGUGUUUCUAGAGCGGAAUGUCUGUGCCGGGGAGGUGUCGGUCCGGCGCAGGCUGGCCAAGGUCCUACGGGCAGCGGACAGCACCAUGCAGAGGAGGCUGCAUAGGCUCAGCACGGAGCUGGCCCAGACGGACACAGAGCUGAUGUGUGAGCGUGCCCACUCCCAGCACCUGGCCCAGGAGAGGCAGGCGGUACAGGAGAAGGAGAUGGCGCUGAGCCGGCAGGUGGACGUGGCUGUGAUUGUGAUUGCCACGCUGAAGGAGCAGCUGAAGGAGUCAGAGUACGAGCUGGAGAGGAGAGAACAAGAAGUCAUCACCAUUCAGAAUUUCCUGGAGGCUGCCGCCCAGCAUGAGAUAUGUGGUAAAGUUCGGAUUCAACGUUUCAUUGAGAAGCUGCUCAAACGCAUCACCUUGGCUGAGAGGCUACUGGAGUACUAUCAGAGCUCCCCCAGUCCACCAAACUACACAGAUUACAUGCACCAGACAGCUGAAAACAGACCUCAUAGAAUCACCAAAAGCAGGCAAGUCAGCGGGUUGUCAGCUGUCACAGUCCUGUCCCCAGGAAGGUAG